UCAGCUCCAGCGAGUGCUCCACCGCGUGAGCCACAGCGCCGCUUCCGGUUUUGCACUGGUGUAUGGGGAUCAGAGCCUCACGGACUUUCCUGCCCGGGCUGGCUCUGAACCGCGAUCCUCAGGUCUCAGCCUCCUGAGUAGCUGGGAUGACUGGCGUGAGCCACCGGCGCCGGCUCCUCCUGUGCUGUUCUGAGGCUGGUGCCAUCCUAGUGACCUGUCCUGGAGUUUACCUGCUGGAGAGCAGCAGGUAUCGGAACCAGGAGGAAUGGACGCCUACCCAGCAAGCCUCAUGGUAGGACGUCUGGCUGUCUCCAUUCCCUCACUUGUCUUAUGAAGCCUCCACCUCCUACUUGGGGAAUCUUUACUGAGCCUGGGCUCAGACACAGCCUUAGUGCUCACUGUGGCCACUGCCAGGGUCAGACCAGCCCCUUUGCUCUCCUUCCCAAGGCCGUGAGCCUAUCUCUGAUUGUAAAGUCACCAUGGUUUGAGGUCCUCCUCUCCUCAGGAUUUUAGAUGGAAAGGAUCUAGGUGACUCUUGCCUAGUCCUGUGAUGACCUCCCUGAAAUAGACAUGAUGCAGUACCAUGGAGACUGGAACCCAGAGAUCCAUGGAGUGCUGGUUUGUAUCCUUUCAGGAGGCUGUGACAUUUGGCGAUGUGGCUGUGCACUUCUCUCGGGAGGAGUGGCAGUGUUUGGAUUCUGGUCAGAGGGCGCUCUACAGGGAAGUGAUGCUGGAGAACCACAGCAGUGUGGCAGGGCUAGCAGGAUUCCUGGUCUUCAAACCUGAGCUGAUUUCCCGACUGGAGAAGGGGCAGGAUCCAUGGGUCCUCGAUUUACAGAGAACAGAAGGAACAGAAACACCACAGACUUCUCAGACAGACUCUGCCAGUAGGACUGACGGUGAGCAGGCCUGUGCACACAUGAGCAUUCUCAAACCACAAAGUCCUGGCUGUGGGGACUCUUCCAGUUCUGAGGUCUGGUUAGGGAGUCAUCCAUGCAGCCAUAGGCUGAGAGUGAAGGGCUGCCUCUCCCAGAGGCACUGUUUACCUAAGGAGACUGUGGCUUCAAAGACCCUCCUGAGUUAUCAGCUUGAUGAACAACAGAGAGACAGUGUGGAAGGGACACCACAGAGAUGUGAAGUGUGUGGCAGAUGUUUCAGACCUACUUCAGAUCCGGCUUCACAGUGGGAGGUAGCCAUGCAGGAGAAACCUAACAGAUGUCAAGGAUGCUACGAGAGAUUAUCUGACUGCCUACAGAGUAACUAUUCAAGUAACUGCAAUGGGGAGAAGCCGUAUGAGUGUGAGGAUUGUGGGAAAGUCUUCAGGCUGUGCUCCCAGCUCAGUCAGCAUCAGAGAAUACACACUGGAGAGAAACCAUUUAAAUGUGUUGAGUGUGGAAAAGCCUUCCGCCUAAGCUCAAAACUUAUUCAGCAUCAAAGAAUUCAUACUGGAGAGAAGCCCUACAGGUGUGAGGAAUGUGGGAAAGCCUUUGGGCAGAGCUCAAGCCUCAUCCAUCACCAGAGAAUUCACACUGGAGAGAGGCCCUACAGUUGUCGAGACUGUGGGAAAGCCUUCAGCCAGCAGUCACAGCUGGUUCGACACCAGAGAAUUCACACUGGAGAGAGACCUUACCCGUGCCAAGAGUGUGGCAAAGCCUUUAGCCAGAGCUCAACUCUCACCCAGCAUCAGAGGAUGCAUGCUGGGGAGAAAUUGCAAAUAACAAGCGAUUCAGAAAGUCCAGGCUUUCUUGCACAUCAGAGAAGUCAUGUGGAGAAGCCUUUCAAGUGUGAGGAGUGUGGGAAAGCUUUCAGGUGGAUCUCCCGCCUGAGUCAGCAUCAACUGAUUCACACUGGAGAGAAACCUUAUAAAUGCAACAAGUGCACAAAGGCUUUUGGUUGUAGCUCAAGGCUGAUUCGGCACCAGAGAACUCACACUGGAGAAAAACCAUUUAAGUGUGAUGAGUGUGGGAAAGGCUUUGUCCAGGGCUCACACCUUAUUCAACAUCAGCGAAUUCACACUGGAGAGAAACCGUAUGUGUGCAGUGACUGUGGGAAAGCCUUCAGCCAGAGUUCCAGCCUCAUUUACCAUCAGAGGAUCCAUAAAGGAGAGAAGCCAUAUGAAUGCCUCCAAUGUGGAAAAGCUUUCAGUAUGAGCACACAGCUCACUAUCCACCAGAGGGUUCACACUGGGGAGAGACCUUACAAGUGUAGUGAAUGUGGGAAAGCCUUUAGUCAAAACUCAACUCUUUUCCAACACCAGAUCAUUCAUGCUGGAGUGAAGCCCUAUGAGUGUAGUGAAUGUGGAAAGGCUUUUAGCCGAAGCUCAUACCUCAUUGAACACCAGAGAAUCCACACUAGAGCCCAGUGGUACUAUGAAUUUGGGAACACUCUUGAAGGGUCCACCUUUGUGAGCCGUAAAAAAGUCAACACUGUAAAGAAAGUGCACCAAUGUGAUGACUGUGAGAAGAUCUUCAGGUGGCGUUCACAUCUCAUUAUACAUCAGAGAAUUCACACUGGAGAGAAGCCUUACAAAUGUAAUGACUGUGGCAAAGCUUUCAAUCGGAGCUCAAGGCUUACUCAGCACCAGAAAAUUCACAUGGAAUAAACCAUUCACCUAUAUCAGUAUAAGUCUGCAGCCUUAAUAUUUUAUAUGAGAUCAUUUAUAAGAACUAAGAAUGGCUGGGCACCAGUGACUCAUGUCUAUAAUCCUAGCUACUCAGGCUGAGAUCUGAG